AUGGCAGACCAGAAACUGCUGUCGACGCAGCAAAUCUCCGAGCACAAAACGCCCGAAGAUUGUUGGAUUGUCGUAGACAAUCAAGUGUGGGAUGUGACGGAUUUCUUGGAUGAGCACCCGGGGGGGUCAACAAUCAUUCUAAAAUAUGCCGGCAACGAUGCCACGAAAGCCUAUUCAGAAGUGCAUGCGCCGAGCGUCUUGAGAACCAACCUUGAUCCCGACAAGUUCAAGGGCGUCCUCGAUGAGUCCACGAUCGAUGCCGACUGGGCCAAGCCACCGCCUGGCGAGAAUCCACGGGUGGUCCUAGAGAAUGAAAAGCCACCCUUGCACACGCUGAUCAACUCGCACGACUUCGAGGUCGUGGCAUCCAAAACCGCCAACAAGAAGACCUGGGCGUUCUACUCGAGCGCGGCUACAGAUCUGAUCACACGGGACGCCAACAAGUCCUGUUUCGAUCGGAUAUGGUUCCGGCCCCGGGUGCUGAGAAACGUGCGCUCGGUUGAUACUCGAACUAAAAUCCUUGGCGGGGACUACAAGCUUCCACUGUUCGUGAGUCCCGCGGCCAUGGCGAAGUUGAUUCAUCCUGAGGGCGAAUGCGCCAUUGCGCGCGCAUGCGAAAGUAAAGGCAUUAUGCAGGGUAUCUCAAAUAACUCCUCCUACACUAUGGAUGAAUUGCGAACCGCAGCCCCGUCCGCCAGCUUCUUCUUCCAACUAUACGUCAACCGCGACCGAGAGAAGUCCGCAGCAUUGCUGCGACAGUGCUCAGCCAACCCGAACAUUAAGGCCAUUUUCGUCACGGUGGACGCCGCCUGGCCUGGCAAGCGCGAGGCCGACGAACGAGUCAAAGCCGACGAGAGCCUGUCCGUGCCGAUGUCGCCAUCGAAGGCGCAGAACGACAAGAAGGGCGGCGGGCUCGGCCGGGUCAUGGCCGGGUUUAUUGAUCCUGGACUGACGUGGGAGGAUCUGGUUUGGGUCCGGCAGCACACGCACAAGCCCGUGUGUCUGAAGGGCGUGAUGUCGGCGGACGAUGCCCGGCUCGCGAUGCAAGCCGGGCUCGACGGGAUCCUGCUCAGCAACCAUGGGGGUCGCAACCUUGACACGAGCCCGCCUUCGAUCAUUACCCUGCUCGAGAUUCAGCGGCGGUGUCCCGAGGUGUUUGGUGCUAUGGAGGUGUAUGUGGAUAGUGGCAUUCGGCGCGGCAGUGACAUUCUCAAGGCCGUGUGUCUAGGUGCCACGGCUGUGGGUAUGGGUCGCAGCAUGUUAUUUGCGACGAACUAUGGACAGGAAGGGAUUGAGCAUCUGGUUGACAUCAUGCAAGAUGAGUUAGAGACCGCCAUGCGCAACACAGGCGUCACAACCCUAGACGAGGCAUCGCCCGACCUCGUGCACACGGCAGAUAUCGACCACUUGGUGCCGGAUUCACGGUCGCAUCCCUACGCUCGGGCCAUAGCUAAAAGCCGUGGUCUGUCGAAGCUUUAA